AUGGCUAGUCCUUCCAGUUAUUUGUCUUCUAUCCCAAUUCUUACUGGGGAUAACUUUCAGCAAUGGGUGAAAGAUUUGGAAUUGCAUUUCGGUCUCCUAAACUUAGACUUGACACUUAGGGAGCCUAAACCUAAUGCUCUCACAGACAAAAGCACCACUAAGGAGAAAACCAAGUUUAAAAAAUGGGAUAAUGCAAAUAGAAAAUUCAUAUUAUUUGUAAAGAAGGCAGUUCCUGAGACCAUACGUGAGAAUGUAGAAGUCAAAGACACUACCGUAGAGUUCCUGAAUGCUGUAAAGGCUAGGUUUGAACUUAACACAAAGGCUUAA